GCUAAGAAAUAUUGAAAUCGAAAUAUUGAAAAAAUUAAGAAUAAGAACUCUCAUCAGCGCUAUCUCUGUAAAAGUUAUUUUUUGAAAAUAUUUAAAAAAUAACGCUGAUCUUUAAUUCUUACUUUAUCUUGACAUUUAAGAAAUAAUGAUUGUGAUCAAUUCUUACUUUAUUUAUAUUUUUGUUUUAUUGAUUUUAUUUAUAUUAAUUUUAUUUGCAUUGCUUUGGAGAUAGCAUUGAUUUCUAUAUUUUUAUCUUAUUUCUGAUUUUCUUCCAUUAUUUAUUCUUUUUGUUCAGUUUUUAUUAUUAUUUUUGCCACGUGAUCACGUGAUCACGUAGAAGAUAUCAAAUCGAUGCUAUGUAUCAUUAUAUUUCAUUACAUUUAUAAUCAUAUAUAAAUGAUUUUUAAAUUUUUGAAGACAUGAUUUACAAUAUAUUAAUUUUUCAUCACAAAAUAAAUUUAUAAAUUAAUAGUGUAUUAAUUCAAGAUGAAAAUUGAUCUAUAUUCUCUAUUCUGAUAAAAUAAAUUAUAAGUAAAAAUCUAAUAAAAUAAAAAAUAAAUUAUAAUAUGCAUAAAAUGUUUUUUUUUGUAAUUUUUUCUAAUAUUUUCUUGAAAUAAUUGCAAAAUAAAAAUUUAUUUAUAUCACCGCUUACUAAAAAGUAACUUUUUGUAAUUGUAAAAAAAAUGUACAUAAUAAUAUAGAACAAUCUAUGUUUUAUAAUUUCUAUAAAUAUAUUUAUAAAAUAGAAUAUUUCAUGUACACUUAUAAUAUAUUAUACAACAAAAUAUUUAUUUUAUUUCUUAUUUAUAAUUUUACAUUGAAAUUUAAUUUUAAUUCCAACUAUUACGAACAUUACAAACUUAUUCUGCAAUCAAUAACAUUAAGGAUGACACUAAAAUAUAUAAUCUUAAUACUCUGAGACAUAGAAUAAAAAAUUGAAUGUUAAAUCUAUUCUGUAUCUUGUCUAUGGUAUUAUCAUGUCGGAAAGAAUUAUAUGAAAUUUAAGAAGACAUUGUAAUUAUAAAAUAAAUAUCUUAUUUAGUAAAAUAGUUUAAAAUAAAUUAUAUAAUUUAUAUGUAUACAACGAUAUUUUUUUAUUUAUUUUUUUCGUAUAGUGUAAUAAAUCGGCGCGAAAAUGUCAUGUAAAAAAUUAAAACUUUGUAAAAGUUUAUGACAAUGGUUAUUAAUUAAAAAAAUUUGAUGAAUAUUUUACUUUUUUAAGUGAUUCAAAAUGAGAAAAUAAUGAAUUGGAAUAAUAUAUUGAAUGAUUUGAAAUAUCCUAUAUAUGGAUGAAGAAAAAUGAAAUUUUAAAAGAAACGAAACUUAAUUUAAAAUUUCUGUUAUCUUAAUCGUGCAUGCAAAGUGUGAAGAACACUCUUUAUAUUUUUAUAGUAAUUAAUUUUUUUAUAUAAUGGAAUCUGAAAGUCCUGUUAUAUUAGAACCAUGUGAAGAACAUUCAAUUUUAAUUCAAACUGUAAAAAACAUGGUUAAUGAAAAUACACGUACAGAAUUAGAAAGUGAAGAAGAAGGAUUUUUUGUAGUAACUGAUGUUCAAACUGAACAACAAAAUGUAAUAGAAGUUUCAAAUGAAGAAUCAACAGUAACUCAGUGUAAUGAACAAUUUUCUUGGUCUAAUUUAUGCAGAAUAUGUGCUAAUACCAAUGAUCAUUUAAUCCCAAUAUUUGAAGGAGAAGGUUUACAACAUGAUUUAUGUAAUAAAAUACAUAAAUAUUUACCAAUAUGUAUAACUGAAAAUGAUACACUUCCAUUACAAUUGUGUUAUCACUGUGCUGCUACAUUAUUAGCAUGGCAUGAAUUAUUAGAAGGAUGUUUGAGUGCAGAAAGAAGAUUAUUAGAGAUGCAAGAUGCUUUACAAGAAAAACAGGAAACAGAAGGAUUGGAAACUUCUACACAAGAUACAACAUCUAUAUCUAAUAUAACAGAAUCAGUUCAUCAGCAGCAAGAAAUUGUGAAAGAUGAAGUUUCAAGAAAUUUAGCUGUUACUGAUUCAGAAAGGUGGAAGGCUGAAUCUGAUGCUGUUAUGCAAAUAUCAACGAUCGAAAGCGAAAAUAUAAACGCAGAGGAGAUAGAAUACAUUCAAUGUGCUCAAUGUGAUAUUGUCUUCGUAAAUAUGAAGUACCUUAUAGAUCAUAUGAAUGGCGAGCAUGAAGCUCAAAUGCAUUAUUGUCAGUAUUGUAAGCUAGUGUAUCAUGGUCAAGAAAAAGAUUUUGAAUAUCACAUAUCGAUGCAUAGUAAUAAUUAUAAUAAAUUAAAAAAUAUAGAAAAUGAAAUUUUAGAAUGUACAAAUGACACAAAAAAAGAAAAUAGAGAUAAUGAACGAAUUUCCACUAUAGAUAUUGAAAAGCCUUUGUGUUAUACUUGUAAUUUAUGUGAAAGAAAAUUCACAAAAAAAUCUGAAUUAAAAAAGCAUAUUAACAGACAUUCUGAUGUCAAUCGAAUUCAAAAUCCAGACGAGACAGAACUUGUAAAUAAAGCAAAACAAAUAAUUAAUGAUCGAAUUUCUUAUAAAUGUGACACGUGUAAAAAGAUUAUAUUUACAAAACGGGGGUUUCUACGCCAUAUUCGUGUCCAUUCUGAUAAACGACCUUGCAAAUGCGAUUUAUGUGGAAAAUCUUAUCGUAUCGAACAAGAUCUCGCUAGACAUAUAAGAGAUGUACACGAAGGAUUAAAAAAAUAUGCUUGCGAUAUUUGUGGUCGUGCGUUUGCAAACAAAGGAACAAAGGACGAUCAUCGGAGAAUUCACACCGGUGAACGCCCAUACGCCUGCGAACAUUGUCCAAAAAUGUUUCGAACUCUGAAUUCUGUUUACAUUCAUAAUCGCGUACAUACAGAUUAUAAACCUCAUAAAUGAGAAGUUGUGCGACAUCGUGCAAUACAUAAUGGAAAACCUUUUGACUGUAAAUGCGGUAUGAAAUUUGGUCAAAAAAGAUAUUUGCGGAACCAUAUAAAACAACAUCAUAAAGAAGCGUCAUCGUGGUUAUUAGCAGAAUUAUUGGGAAAUAAUCGAAAUAUAAGUUGAAAAUAAAAUUACGUCUUUAAACAAAUUUUAUACGAAUAUUAGAUAAGAUAAAAUAUACAAAUUGAUAUGUUUAUUUUAUUUAUUAUAUCUAUAUAACUUUGUAUAAUUUCUAAAUCAAUUUAAAAUCGAAAAUCAAUAAUAUAUCUAUAAAAUAUUUAUUUUUUUUGUAUCCAUGAAGAAUCGAACUAUUCUAAAUUAGUUUAUUAUAAAUGAAUUCAAUUAAGAAUUUUAAUAAAAAAUUCAGAUAAUGUAUAGAAUGUAUAACAUAGAUUUAUGUAGGCGUUAUUAUAGUUUGAUUCUAAGUUAAACAUUUUUUAUUACAUUUAUUUAAUAUAUUAACAAUUAUGCAAUAUUAUAAAAUACUUGAAUUAUUACGAAAUAUUUAAUUGCUGUGAUAUGAUUUCAAAUUAUAAGUUUAUAUAUAUAUGUAUAUCAUAUAUAAAGUAAAAUAAUAUUAUAAAUAUUCUAAAUGAAAAUUUUAAAUCAUAAAAUAAUUUUUAUAAUGGAUAUUUCAGAAAUCGUAUAUAUAUAUAUAUAUAUAUAUAUAAAGAAUAAAUCAUUUUCAUCCAAUUAGUUUAAUAACAUGCAUUUUUUUUAAACUUAAUAAUAAUGAUAAAGAAUUAAUAUAAAAAAGUAUAGAAAUAUAUACAUUUCUAUAAUAUAUGAAAAUAUAUAAAAUAUAUAUAUAUAUAUAUAUUUAUAUAUAAAAUGUAUAUAUAUCUAUAUUAUAUCUUAUUUUAAAAGUAAUGAAAAUUUUGAAAACAUUUAAUCAUCAAAUAAUAUAUGUAAUACUUCUAUUUUUAACUUCUUCCUUUUGAAAAAUUUAUUUUUGCAAGUGAUUAAGCAUCAAUUCUUUAAAUUUAUAUAUCAACAUCUGUAACAUUUUACAUAUAUAUUUAUUUUAAUGUAAUUUUUGUACACUUAAUAUAAUAUUUAUUUUACCUUGUCAA